AUUCAUAAAGUGCUUGUGGUAGACACAGAGUGUUUCAAAUUGAGUGGACGGUUUUUUUUUUCUUAUCAGUGGCUAUCAGUGAAUUGAGUGAGCAGUUUAUAUAUAAAAAAGAUACAAACACCAUGUAAAAAUAAAUAAAUAAUAAAAUCAUUGAACACACCGGAAAGUUAAGCUUGAAAAAUAAUAACUGGACGCUCUUUAGUCGAAAUUUUAUCAAGUCUUGUCUACAAUUUAUCCAUUCAGUUAAUUUAAAAAUAAAAAAUUGUUAUCAUCUUAAAUUAUAACUUUUUAAAUUUUAUAAAUUUUAAUAUUUAUAUUAUUGUUUAUUGUUAAAAUCAUUUUUAAUUGUUGAGUGAUUUUUUUAAAAUAUGAGUUUAUUUAAAAUAAACAAAGAAAGUUAAAAAUUUAUUUUUUGAAUAAUUAAUUUAUAAAUUUAUUAAAUGAAUAAUGCUUUAAAUAAAUGACAAUGUCAUUAUACCAAAGUUUGCAAUUUAUUUACUUAUUUGGUUUGAUUAUUUUGGUAUCUGGUAAUAUUCCAGAAUUAAAAAACAAUGAAGAAACAAAUGAAACAACAAUAUCACAAAUUAAUUAUACAACAACAACAACCACACUUGUUGAAAAUAAUACUGAAUCAUCAACAACACCAUCAUCAGCAACAACAAUAAUACCAAAUAAAAAUGAUACUGAAAGUGAAGAAGUACCAUUAAUUGAUGACAAUGAAUUUUUAACUGAAAUAUUAAAAAAACCAACAACAACAAAAUUUCCAAAUGUUGUACCAAUGACUCCACUUCCACAUACAGUAAUAUUUACAAGAGAAUUUGACAUUGACACAAUACCAAUGUGUGUUCAUAAAUCACCAUCAAAUGAAUCAAAAAUUAUUGAUAAAAAUAAAAAAUUACCAUUUGAAUCAGACAGUGUUGGAUCAGCAAAAACUAAUAAUGGAAAACCAUUAGAAAAUGUUAUUGACUUGGGUGUUAUUGGUGCAACUGAAUCAUCAUUGACAGUAUCAUGGAAAGCUCCAAAUUCAACAGUUAAAGUACAAUAUUAUCUUGUUGAAUGGUUUCGUAGUAAUAUUAUUGUAGACUCAUGUAAAUGUUUCAAUGAUUCACUUGAAUAUACAAUAACAAAUCUUGAAACUUGUACAAAUUAUGGUGUACAUGUUACACCAUAUAUUGGAGGUUCAUUACAUAGUUCAAGAGCUGUCAGUGAAACUACAAGUUUAAAAGUUGGUAAUACUUCAUUGAGUUUAACAGUAUCAGAAAAUAGUUCAGAUUGGUUAAAAAUAAGUUGGAAUCUUCCAAGUACUGAUUGUGUUUUAAAAUAUACAGUAACAUAUUGUAAUUUAACAAUUUGUACAAGUGCUGAUUCAAAUACAACAACAUAUAAUGCAACAAAUUUAUUACCAUGUACAGAAUAUAAUUUUACUGUUGGUGUACAUGGUAAAAGUGGUGAAUUUGAUAAAACAACAAUAAAUACAACAACUGAUUUUUUAUUACCAAGUAUACCAGAAAUAGCAUGGACAAUAUCUGAUAAAAAAUCAUUAGAAAUAUUUUGGUCAUUACCAAUGAGUUCAACUUGUGUAUUAGAAUAUGAAGUUGUAUUAGCAAAAUAUGGUAAAACAAUAACUGAAAGAAUUAAAAAUAAUCAAAUAAAAAUUAAUGAACUUGGUUAUUGUGAUUCAUAUCGUGUUACAAUAACACCAUUACAUAUUUAUGGUAAAAGUCAAUCAGCAAUUAUUGAAAAAUCAAAUACAACAUUUCCUGAUAUUUUUAUACCACCAAAAGCUUUAUUUUUACCAUUAUCAACUAAAAAUAGUAUUAAAAUAAGUUGGAUUAUAACAACAAAUGAUGAAAAUAAUUGUCAAGAAGUUGAUGUAUUUGCAUCUUGUAAUGUUACAAGAAUACUUGGUGUUGGUUAUAAUGGUACUGAUGGUGAAACAAGUGUAACAAUACCAAUUGGUACAACAAAUCAUCAUGUUGUAACAACAAUUGAUAAUUUAACACCAUAUACUGAAUAUAUUUGUCAUAGUUUUGCUAAUAAUUCACAAGGUUCUAGUAAACAAAGUGAACCACAACUUGCUACAACACAACAAGAUUUUCCUUGGUCUCCAACUAUAACACAAGAAAAUGUUACAAAUACUGAAUUUAAACUUGUUUGGAAAGCACCAGUUUAUAUACCAGGAAAUUUAUCAUCAUAUGAAAUAUCAAUUGAUUGUCAGUACAUGUUUUAUCAGCCAACAUUUUGUAAAGAACGUGAUUGUAUUGCUGAUCCAAUUAAAAAUAUUGAAGGAAGUGAAAUUUCAUUUAUUUAUACAUCAGCAGUACCAUAUACAAAUUACAGUAUUAAAAUUAAAGCUGAAACUAAAGUUGGAUGGGGAAAUUAUAGUGAUAUUAUUAAUUUUGUAACAUUAUCUGGAGCACCUGGACCAGUUGUUGAUUUAAUUUUUUAUACUAAAAAUAAUAUACAUGAUUUUAAUUCACUUGAUGCAUAUUUAUCAUGGUCACGUCCUUGUUUUAUGCAUGGAAAAGAAAUUGAAUAUUAUAAUAUAACUGUUAUUGGUGAACGUAAAAAUUAUGAAAAUCAUUAUUUUACAUUUAUUUAUGAAGAUAAUUAUUGUCAAAAUGAUCAAUGUUUAAAACAAUUUAAAUAUGAUACUAAUUUACGAGAAGAAUAUAGUUAUCAUUUUUACGUUGCAGCAAGAGUUAAAGAAUUUAAUGGUCUUGGUGAAACAAGUAUUAAAACAACAGUAUAUCCAGCUGGUAUACCACCUGAACCAGAUGCUAAUUAUACAUCACAAAUAACAAUUGAUCCAUAUUUAGCAAGAAAAACAACAAACACAGCAACAAUAUUGCUACCAUUAUUUCCUGAUAAUGCUGGAACAAUUCGUUGUUAUGCAAUAAUGGUUGCUAGAAUGGGAUUUAUUAAUUCAAGUUAUGGAAGAAUUGAUUUAAAUAAUGGUGAAUGGCCAUUUGCUGCAACAUGGUUUGAAUCAAAACAUGAAAACUUUGAAAUACCAUAUCAAGCAGCUAAAAUUUGUAAUAAUUCUUAUUCAUCUUUUAUUGUGGAUUAUGGAACACUCAAAGCUGUUAAAUUUGUUCUUGGUGAAGACUAUGAAAUAUGUCCUUCAUUAUCAUCAAAUCGUGAUGAACGUUCAUUUUGUAAUGGACCAUUAAAUCCAGAUACUUGGUAUGAUGUUCGUAUCAGAGCAUUUACUAAUGGUGGAUAUCGUGAUUCAAAGAUAUUUACUGUAAAAACAAGUAAGAUAAUAUUAUCAAUACUAAAUAUAAAAGAUAAUGAAUUUAGUGUUGUUCUAACAAUUUUAAUAAUAUUUGGAAUUUUAUGUGUUGGUGUACUUGUAACAAUGAUGCUUUUAAUUAGAAAAUGUUCAUUUCAAAAUUUGAUAAGAAGAUUGAGACACUCUGAUAUGCAAGGUUCACCAGUACCAACACCAUUUAGUAAAAGAAAAUUUAUAACACAUUGUCAACAACUUGCUGAUAAUCCUGGAAAAUUAUCAAAUGAAUUUCAAUUAUUACAAACAUUGAGUGUUGAUUUACAAAUGCCAACAAAUGCAGCAUGUUUACAAGCAAAUAGAAAAAAAAAUCGUUAUACUGAUAUAUUACCAUAUGAUUUUUCACGUGUUAAAUUAAAAUCAAUUGAUAAUGAUCCAAAUAGUGAUUAUAUUAAUGCAUCAUUUAUCAAAGGUUUUAGUGGUAAUCAAGAAUAUAUUGCAUGUCAAGGACCAAAAGAAGAAACAACAUAUGAUUUUUGGCGUAUGAUUGAUGAAAAAGAUGUUAAAGUUAUUGUUAUGUUGACACAAUUAAUUGAAAAUAAUAAAGAAAAAUGUCAUCAAUAUUUUCCAACAAUACGUGAAACAUUUACAUUUGAAAAUAUAUCAAUACGUUGUUCAAUGGAACUUGAUUAUAGACCAUAUACACAAAGAACAUUUAUUCUUCAAAAGGAAGAUAAUAAGAAAAAAACAAUUAUACAUUUACAUUUUAAAGACUGGCUUGAUCAUGAUGUACCAGAAGAUUUUGAUUUGAUGAUUAAUUUUUGUAAUAUUAUGAGAAGACAUAUGACUGCAAGUCCUGGUCUUGCUGUUAUUCAUUGUAGUGCUGGAAUUGGAAGAACUGGAACAUUAAUUGCCAUUGAUAUAUUACUUCAAAAUAUUAAAGAAAAUAGAAAAUUAGAUGUUUUUGGUACUGUUUAUAGACUGAGACAUCACAGAAUAAAUAUGGUUCAACGUGAAAGUCAGUAUGCAUAUAUUUACAAUUGCAUAAGACAAGUAUUAAAAAAUCCAUACUUUUCGAAAAAUUAUAAACCACCAUCAGUUGAUCCAGAAAAUAAUACCAACAACAUGACAACAGGAACAUCUGAAACGAAUCUAGUCAGCAGCAUUGAGACUCUGAGAAAGAGCAGUCUAUCAACUUCAAUUGAUUCAGCUGAACAACUAUUUAAUUCAUCAUCAUCAAUAUCAAGUAAAGAAUCAAAAAAUUGUUUUACACUUCAAAAUCUUCAUGGAUCAAAAUCAACAUCAGCAAUAUAUACCAAGCCAACUGACAAUACCCUUGUUAGAUACAAUACUCUGAAUAAUCCAAUAAAUGAAUUGGAUAAAAAUCAAGAAUCAACACAAUCAAAAGUUGAUGAAACUGAUUAUAAUAGUUCAUUUCGUUCAAUUUAUGAAACUAUUAUGUUUACAAAUACAUCACGAAUUGAUGAUACAACUAAAGAAGAAGACUCAUCUGCGACUGAAAAACUACUGGAUACAUCUCUGUAAAUAAAAAUGUACUUGAUUGUAGUGAUAAACAACCAAAGUACAGCAAUCACCAUCAAGUCUUUCACAAUUUUUUUGUUAUAUUUAAAAAUUAAAAAAAAAAAAACUGUAAAUAGUAGAUUAAGUUUUUCUAGUAAAUAAUUUUAAACAUUCAACAAAGAAUGUCUAAUUAAAAUAAUAAGUAAUUAAUACUACAAAUUGAUGUACUUUUUUU